AUGCCGCAACCACCAGGGCCGCCAGGGAUCGGCGAAAGGGAUUCGACAAGCAAGAAGACAGAGAGAGCCAAGAAGAAGCAAGAUGGAGGCACCAACCCGACGGCCAAGAAAAUGAAGAGGAGUUCUGUCAACAGUCGACACGGAGGUGUAGUUGGCUACUGUGAUAUCUGCUGCAUGUCUGGGAAAUACAAACGCAAGGGGGGCAUGGUGCUGUGGAAAUGUCAGACUUGUGGCGUGUGCGUCCAUGGUCACUGCUAUUCAGGACUUGAUGAUCCACGAAGGAGCAAACCACGGCCUGACUUUCAAUGUCGACCAUGUCAGGCUGUCGGGAAAUCAUUCAAAGUUCGAGAAAUUCAGCCACUGACAGGAGAUCGGUUGGUGGUGACACAGGAUACGCGGCCCACGGAGUGUUGCUUGUGCUCUGUCGACGAUGGAAUCCCGCACGCAAUGCAUCCAAUCUAUGAUCAUCACGGACCCAAGGGACGACAAAUCUACCUUCCCAAAAGCGAGGGGAAACCACGACGAUUGGCGUGGGCGCAUACUUUGUGCUGCCAAAUUGCCAGUAGGUCCGGAUCCGUUUGUGUCUACGCUUGCCUGGAGGAUGGAUCCUACGAUGCUGAUGAAGACGAGGAUAGUGAUCUCUUGUCGGAUGAUGAAUCUGAUAAUUCAGAUCUGGAUUGUGAGGAAGGGGACGAGCUGGGAAUUGGACAUUGGGUCUAUUGGGGCUUCUUGCACCAGCAACUCGGAAAAGCCAAAAGCCAUGCAGAUCCCUGGACAAAGCAAUUGCACAACCAAAAGAUGGAAACUUCAAACUGUAUCUAUUGCGGCAAAAACGACAAACAGAUGGUAAAAUUGAACCACCACGCCGUCUAUCAAUCGCUAAGAGUACCUCUCCAAUGCACUGCCAACAACAGAGAUAAGAAUCAAAUGGAGCACCAAGCAUUCCGAAAGACACAUGAAGUUGGUGACCCUUGCUGCCAACCACUGCAUCCUGGAUGUGCCAUGUGGGGUCGCAACGACGAGGGUGAAUACAGCAGAGCUCGACGGGCAUGGUUCCUCCCUGGACUGACAGGAGAAGAAGAGGAUGUCAUGGAAGUCUACUGUAACUUGCAUGCUCUUGAUCUGUUCAAAUCACACCAGCCAGGAUGUGAUAUGGAAAAGAAACUCCGUGGACCUUUUUCAAAGAUUGCCGGGACGCCAAGAAGGAAGCAAUCAGUCAUGCUGAGAAGUGCACCAGCUGAGGCAAACGCAUUGCCUGAUUUUGAUUCUGAGUCAGAGUCCGAGGAAAAUGAAGCUGUCUUUGAUGACAUGAGAGUGAUUCCAAGAUUUCCACCAUCUGGCCAGGCAGUACCUGUGACAAAGAAGCAGACAAGUACACAUGACAAGAUAGCUGGUCACAAGCUGGUCGUUGCUGUUGACAACAAUGAGAGACGAAUACAAGAACGGCUGAAAGCUGGAGAGGCUAUCCAGAUACGGACCAAGAAGCAUGGAAGGCUUGUGGCACAACGAAACAGCAACACAGCAACAGCACUGACUGAGGCUUCAACAACAAAAAGCACACCAGCACAUGAGGAUGACAGUGGGCUGCAGUUUGCACAAAGUGUGCUUGAUGAAUUGUGGAAAGUCAAGGCACAGUGCAACACCAAAGGAAAAGCUUUGAAUUCAACUGUAACUGCAAAGGUCCGAGUGAAGCAACUGAAUGCUUAUGAUGGUGACCUUGAUACCUUUCGUUGGAGUUGGGGGGAAGCCAUGUCUGCAUUGGAUAGUGGCAUUCACAUACUUGAGAAUUCCCUUCAGAAGCAGAUUAUAGCAUCAGGUAUUGAAGGGGACAAUGCUUCAUACCAGCAACCAGAACAGAGGAGCAAUACUGGAGAUUUUUCAUAUGGCGGCAACCCAAAUACUCUGCCAAAAUCUUUGCAUGGAUCAAAGCAAGAAGCCGUUGCAAAUACAAACACUCAAUAUGAGUUAAAUCAGGGUGAUCGCAGUGUGCCUGGGCAAAGUCAUGCCACAGUGGCCAAACCCAAUGCCAGUACCAAUUAUGCCACUAGGCAUCAUUCUGAUGAUGGCAACUCUGUGAACAGCUGGGAAACAAUUGCAACUCAUAUGGCAAGAGACAUUGGGGACAAACUUGAGCCAUUCUCAGAACUGGGUACUGUGGAGGAGCAAUUACAGCAGGUCACAAGGAUCGUGAAGGACAGCAGGAAGCACUGGCGAAAAGCAAGUGGUCUCACAUUGAAAAGUGAUUUCAACACAGUUUGGAAGCAUUGUGCAUCCAUGCUAGAAGCAAGAUAUUCUUGGCUAGAGUUCAACAGCAACAAUGACAAAGAAACAAAGUCUGCAGGAGCGAUGACAACAGAACGAACCUCAGACUCAUUUGCAAACAAAGUGGAUGCGGUAACAAAUCACUCAGAAAGAGACAUUGGUGAAGCCACUACAACCCAAGGAACCGAAGCUGCUUUUCACAACUCCUCCAAACGGGGCAAUCAAAGGGCUGAACAGCCGCGCAACCGGACAGAAGGGAAUGACACACCAACCAUUCAAGCCAGUCCUCAAUUGGAACAGACACUUCAAGAGCACCUUCCUGACCAUGAACUGGUUCCAGGUCAGCAUGGACUUCCAGGGAUGGGCCAAGUUCAUCUUCAUCUACCACCACCUAGUCGCUGGUCACAUCUGUUCUAUGGUCCUUACUAUAACAAGGCUGGCUACCGAAUCAAGGAAUGGGACAGCUAUGAGGUCCGUGAAGUUGAACUGGUUGAAGAUGGAGAAAUUAUAGAGGAAGAUGAUGCAGAUGCAAAAAUCCCUGCUGACAGAAGCACGGGAGAAAACUGA